AGUGGGUGACGACAGUGUCACAACUAGCCACUUGGUCAGGUUCACGGUGUCUACCAGCGUAAACACGCAGUGAGCUGAACAUAUAGAGGUGGAGAAGUAAAACAAAAACAAACAAAAAACCUCAGAGUCUGCUGCUGAACUGUCCUCUUGUUGUCGUCGCUCUCAGGGAGGAAGAAGGGCAAAAAGGAUAUUAUGGCUGCACUUCCUCCAGAGAUCCGAGGACUUAAGGCGGAUGAGGAGGAUGCCAGGAUCCUGAAAGUGAAAGUUAUUGCAGGAAUGUGUUUGGCCAAAAAAGAUAUACUCGGAGCCAGCGAUCCAUAUACAAGACUGUCUCUUUAUGACCCUGUCAAUGGAGAACUUACAAGUCUUCAAACCAAAACCAUUAAAAAGACACUGGACCCACAAUGGAAUGAAGAAUUCUUUUUCAGAGUUGAUCCCAGGAAGCAUCGUCUGCUGUUGGAGGUGUUUGAUGAGAAUCGUCUGACACGUGAUGACUUUCUGGGACAGGUGGACGUCCCCUUAAAUCAGAUACCGACAGAAAAUCCUAACACAGAAAGGCCAUACACAUUCAAGGAUUUUCUGCUCCACCCACGAAGCCACAAGUCAAGAGUCAAAGGUCACCUGCGUCUCAAAAUGACCUACCUGCCAAAAAACUCAGGUUCAGAGGAGGAAACGCCAGAUCAGACUGAGGACACCACGGAUCGUGAUUGGGAGUUUCUAGAGGGCCAGGACAUGUCAGGUCCAAGACAAAGCCAGCUUCUGCCCGCUCUGCCCCCUGGCUGGGAGGAGCGGCAGGACAACCUGGGAAGGACCUACUUUGUCCAUCAUGAGAGCAGAACUACACAGUGGCAACGACCCACAAUGCAGGACAGUGAUGUUGGGAUGCAAAGAAGACCCAAUAAUAAUAUGGAGGCGCAUACUUUUACUACACGCAGACAGAUCUCAGACCACGAAGAGAACACCACAGGAGAGUCUCCUGAGAGCUGGGAAAUGAUAACUGAGGACGAAUCCACCUUGUAUCACAGCAGUAACCAGGUGACAUCAGCUACACCCCGCGAUCACAUUUCAGGGCCCACUGCUGGCACCUCCCAGACAAAUCAUGCAAGUAAUUCAAGCCAUUCCAGUGUCAGAAGAAGUUCCCAGACUUCAUCAGGAGAGGAACAUCCUGUUAAUCCUGUGCUGCUUCCAACCUCGUCUGGGUUGCCUCCAGGCUGGGAGGAGAAGCGUGACAACAAAGGCAGACGCUACUUUGUCAACCACAUCAGCCAGUCCACUUCAUGGACACGACCACUCAUUCAGAGAACCUCAGAGGCAGCAGCAGCAGCAGCAGCAGCAGCAGCAGCAGCAGCAGCAGCAGCAGCAGCAACACAGAGUAAUGCAGGUUUACCUCGGAGCCCAACUCCGCCUCAACUGCCUACAUCCCCAGAGGAGUCUCCUCAGCACACCCCAAACCCUGAAGCCACGUACGAGUCUGGCUUCCUGCCAGCUGGUUGGGAGGUUCGUAGUGCUCCAAGUGGAAGACCCUUUUUUAUCGACCACAACACAAAGACUACUACCUGGGAAGAUCCCAGACUUAGGAUUCCUGUGAACAUGAGAAGGAAAGUCUCACUUGACCCAUCUGAUCUGGGCCCACUGCCGCCCGGUUGGGAGGAGAGGGUCCACAGCGAUGGGAGGAUAUUCUAUAUUGAUCACAACACCAAGAACACACAAUGGGAUGACCCCAGAUUACAGAAUUCAGCUAUAACUGGACCAGCAGUGCCUUAUUCCAGAGAUUAUAAACAGAAAUAUGAAUACUUCCGAAAGAAGCUGAAAAGACCGGCGGACAUACCAAACCGCUUUGAGAUGAAGCUGAGGCGAAACGCUCUGCUGGAGGACUCGUACAGACGCAUCCUCUCAGUAAAGAAGGCAGACCUGCUGAAGGCCCGACUGUGGGUGGAGUUCGAGGGAGAAAAAGGACUGGACUACGGCGGCAUAGCCAGGGAGUGGUUCUUCCUCAUGUCUAAGGAGAUGUUCAACCCGUACUAUGGGCUGUUUGAAUAUUCUGCCACGGACAACUACACCCUCCAGAUUAACCCAAACUCUGGUUUGUGUAAUGAGGACCACCUCACCUACUUCAAGUUCAUUGGCCGCGUGGCAGGCAUGGCUGUGUAUCAUGGCAAACUGCUCGAUGCUUUCUUCAUUCGGCCUUUCUACAAGAUGAUGCUGCAGAAGCCCAUCACUCUCCAGGACAUGGAGUCUGUUGACAGUGAGUAUUUCAACUCCCUGAUGUGGAUUCUGGAGAACGACCCGGCAGACUUGGAUCUGAGGUUCACCAUUGAUGAAGAGCUGUUUGGACAGACUCACCAGCAUGAACUGAAGCCAGGCGGCACAGAGAUAGUUGUAACUAAUGACAACAAGAAGGAAUACAUCCAUCUAGUGAUGCAGUGGAGGUUUGUGAACAGGAUACAGAAACAGAUGACUGCCUUCAAAGACGGGUUCUUUGAGUUGAUACCUCAAGAUCUUAUUAAGAUCUUUGACGAGAACGAGCUUGAACUGCUCAUGUGUGGUCUUGGAGACGUGGAUGUGAACGACUGGCGGGAGAACACCAAAUACAAGAACAGCUAUUGCGCCAACCACGUCGUCAUCCUGUGGUUUUGGAAGACAGUGCUGUUGAUGGAUGCAGAAAAGCGAAUCCGGCUCUUACAGUUUGUGACGGGAACUUCAAGAGUCCCAAUGAACGGCUUUGCUGAGCUCUAUGGCUCUAACGGACCACAGCUGUUCACCAUCGAGCAGUGGGGAACACGUGAUAAACUCCCCCGAGCCCACACAUGCUUCAAUCGACUGGACCUGCCACCCUAUGAGUCCUUUGAAGAGCUGAGGGAGAAACUUAACAUCGCCAUUGAGAAUGCACAGGGAUUCGACGGGGUGGAUUAGUUCCUCUACAGUAAACCAGCUGAACUGACAUUACUGCCAUCAUUGUAAAGCCAUGGAGGGUGUGGAGCUGUGAUGAGUGAAACAAGAUGUGCGUCAUACGCAUAUCUGUGCCAGCUGUGUGACCAAUGAAGGACAGUCACACAACCCUCAACAGCAAGUGGAGACGGGACGUUGUCUCUGUAGUGCAAGAGGUUUUUAAUCACUCUGUAUGUUAAUAAGUUUACAAAAUAAAAAUACAAAGAUACAUCUUGUAUUUGAAAACAUUCACUCAUAUUGGCUGAACAGCCUCUGAAAAACAAUGUGCUCUGAUUCUCUCUGCAGGUAUUUGUGAAUAUAGAACUCAUAACUCGUACAAUCUCAGUUUAACCCAAAUAUAAUUGACAUAAAGAUUUCCUUUACUUAACAGUUUAUUAUUCUAUUAAUAUAGUUUUCAUUCCGUCUUAUCAGAAACACCGAUGCAAAUCCAACAAUGAGUUAUUGGUAGCAGAAAAUGUUUCUGUUGAAGUGUGACAACUGCCCUUAAAGAAAGUGUUUUAUGGAACCAUUUAAGAGGUGAUCUACCAGGACCAGUGAAAUAUCAAAUGAUCCUGUAGUUAUUGUCUGUGUCGUCCACAGGUAGAAAAGACGUGACUACAUACAGUGUUAGGUUGUGAAAUACUAUGCAUCAUUUUACAUAUUGACUCCAGAUAACUAAAUAUGACUUAAGUCAUCAAAAAAUACGACAACACAAGAACAUUUUAAAACUGUUAAACAUGACUCAAGUUGUUAAAACCUCUAAUGAUGGUAUUUGAUUCACCGCUACAUCAUACAUCAUGUUUUUAUUCAACAUAUAGUUCAACACCUCUGUUGUCCGAGGAAUAGAUUAAUGUACACACACUUUCAAACUCCUGGUCAGUAGAAACACAAUCCAACAGACUGACCUUAUUGUAAAGUUUGCAAACAGUAUGUGAAAUAUGCUGUGUUGUUGCCUUUCUUCAAUGAGUGAUUUCAUUUUGUUGUUUUUUCUACUCCUCAUGCAUGUCUAUUCACAAGCACAGUGCUCUAUUCUUAAGAGUACAACUUUAAAAAAAAAUGUUUUGUUGGUUAAGAAACUGUGUACAGAUGAUUGUCUUUUUUCAGAAUGAUUAGUCAGUUGUAAUACCUUUAUAGAAAAGUAACUGUACUUAAGCAGUAGUUUUAAUGGUUAAACAUGUGUUUACACUACCUGCCAUGUUUACAGGUCGUUGAUUAAAAAAAGACACUGAGGGCUGGUUCUUGUCUCUGACAACACUUUUAUACUUAAGCUUUUAUAAAGUGACGCACUUUCUAAAUAUCGAUGAGUCUUACUUCUGGUCUGUCUGAAUCUUUGCCAUUCUGUCACCUGUAGACUGCUUCAAUCCCUCUUUAAGAUAAUGAUCCUACGCUUGAGUGCACAUGUGUGGAAAUGUUUACAUGUGAACAUAGCUGAAAAUAAGCACAUUCACUUCUUUCACUUCUAUUUAAAUUUCAAUACAGAGGCCUUUGUUAUGUAUUUUAGAAUUUGAUUAAUUAUUGUUGUUCUUAUCUCUAAAUGGAAGUACUGUUAUAUGUUAUUGUCUGUUGAGUAAUAAUGAAUAGUCAACUUUUUAUUUGUGAUAUAUCUAUUUGUUAUCAUAGAACUUCAUUAUAACACCUGUAAGUGCAUUACGACAACAUGCAUGAACAUAUAGACAGCAUUUUAAUCGAUGGAAUGAAUUGUAGAUGAUAAAUCCUUAUUGGGGGAAAUAUAGCAAACCAAAUCAAAUAUAUUUGGAAAAUAAAUACAUAUUUAAAACAA